AUGGACGAGAAGGUCGGGCACUACUCGCCUCCGUUUCCGGUACUGGAAGACUUGGGGGUGGACAUGGGCACGGCUGAGAAGGCGGCGAAAAACCCGGUCACGUGCGAGAGGUGCCACAAGACCUACAAGACCAAGGGGGGAUGGAAGUACCACGUUGACAACGCGGUCUGCGACCCCAACCCCCCCGAGCCGGCCUACGGCGAGUUUGAUGAUGACUCGGACGCCCCCAACAGCGACGGCGGCGGCGGCGCCGGCGGCGCCGGCAAGGUCCGGAAGCGGAAGGCGGCGACAAAGGCCGCCGCCGUUCUCGCCGCCGCCGCCGCCGCUGCGGCCACCGAGGUUGACUCUGGGGAGGACGGGACCGGCGGCGGAAACGUCUCGGAAGGUUCUUCGGCGACGGUACCAUCGGAAGUUGACGAUGACGACGACGACGAUGACGUUGAUGACGACGGCACCAGCAGCGACGUCGACUCCGGAGAGUCCGGCGAUGGGAAGAGAGGCGGCAAGGGGAAAAGGGGAGCGAGAGGGAGGGCGGGCACCAAGGCCGGGCAGCGCGGGGCGGCGGCGGGGAGGCCGGGUGCGCGCGGGUCGAGGCUGACGGCCGGGGGCUACGGCGUCGCCGCUUUCACCAACGGCAGCCUGAAGAACGUGACAAAGUUAGCCGGCGCGGCCUUGAAGACGUCGGACCUGGUAAUCAGCGGGCAGGGGUGCAAGAGCGCCAUGCUGGCGCCGAGCGCAGCGGAAGGAAGCAAGGGCAAGCUGGCCUCGAGGCUUGCCAUGGACCUGGAGCCCGGGGCGUGUUGGAGGAAGGGGUCGAAAGCAUCAGCCAACAGAAAGGGUAGGGAGGGCGACGGUGGCGGCGGCCUGGCUGGCAAAGACCGCGGCGGUGAUGACGAUGAUGCCGACGGCAGCGAUGUGGACCUCCAAGAAAGUUGGAGGCAACGGUCGUGGCGGGAAAUGCCGGGCUUUGGUAAGGUUGCCGCGUGCUCCCAGGGUGCAGGAGAGGCGAAGGCAUCGCCACCGGCGUGGAAGGUGAGGGUAUCGUCGUUCGCCGAUUGGGCGAAAGAAACCGGCGGAGGCGGAGGCGGCCCACGGGGAUGCCUGCCGACCGCUCCCGUGAAGGUGGAGCUGGUUCUGCAGGGUGCCUGGGACGCCGCGGGCAUCAAGCCGCCCCCGAAGACGGAGGAGCAGCAAGAAGGUGCUGCUGCUGCCACCGCCGCGGCUGCAGCAGACACAGAUACGGCUACUACGGCGACGGCGGCGGGGGGAGCGGCGGCGAAGGGGGCGAGGGCGAAGAAGGACACGGUUCCGCCUAGGCGACGGGUACAGAUCCCUCCCCUUGAGGUGCGGACACGAGAGGUCUCGGUGUUGGGCGGGGGGAGGCGACGCGGGGACGAAGGCGACAAAGGCGGAGGAGUUCCCCAAGAGGAGCGGCCGCCAGAGGCUGUUCUCAACGCGGCAGGCAGCGUGUGGGACGUCGACACUCUGUUGCGUCAAGGUGGCGGUGGCGGAACUAGUGCCGGUCUGGACUUGUUCUUGGCCGUUGGGACGGGACCUUUGCGUCAGACUGACCAUCCCAUCGAAGAGGCGGACGUGUUUUCUUCGGGGGUGCCGUACAUUCAUGGUCAACCUUGCCCCCUCCCCCUCAUCGGCAAGCGCACCACGGGACCGGCCCUCCUGCAGAUCUGGCGUGCAAAAGACGUGUGUUCCGUGCUGACCCCAUCACGGCCUCCCAAGCUCCGCACCGCUAAAACUCCCACCCCCAAAACAGCCCCCAACGAAACCCCCAAGACGACCCCCAAAGCCAAGGCCACAGCAGCAGCCAAAGACCCCGCGGCCAAGACAAACAACAUCCCUGUCAAAAAGCUCGGGCGUCCGACAAAAGGAGCGGCGGAAGUUAUGGCAGUAGCCAAGGCCAAGGCCGCGGCCGCGGAGAAACUUGAGGAGGCGUCCAAGGCAAAAGCCGCCGCCGCAGAAGCGAAGAGGAAGAAGGAGGAGAGGGCGGCGGCGGAGGCGGCGGAGGCGGCGGAGGCGGCGGCGAAGAAGGCAAGGGCGGCGGCAAGGGCGGCGAGGAGGAAGGCCGAGGAAGCCAUUGUCGGCGGCGGCAGCAUGUUCGAGCUGGCGUACGGCAUCGCCCACGACGGGGGCGGCGUGGUGAAGUGCAAGUGGGGGCCCGAUGGAGGCGCGGGGGGGGAAGGGGAGGGGGGGGCGCUUGGUCUCCUCGCGGCGGUGUUUCAGGACGGUUCACUUCGAGUCUACGUGUGCCCGGACCCCGAUGGCGUCACGGCGGAAGCAGCCUCGUCUCUCUCCAACACCACCCCCGGUGCUAGCGCGCCGCCUGGAUCUACACCCGCGGCCGGCGGGGCGGGAGCGGGGGGGGGGCACGGCGCAGUGGUGCUCAAGACGAAGCCCAUCCUGCACGCGCGGCUGAAGCACGCGGAGGUUAUGUGCCUGGACUGGAGCCCCCAGGAGCCAGACCUCCUGCUGGCAGGGGCUUCCGACGAUACUACACCCCAAGGGCCCGACCUCCUGCCGCUGGGGGCUGCCAAAGGAACGGUGUGCAUCUGGAAGGUUUCCGCCCUCGGAGGCGAACACGGGGGGGAGGGGACGACAGGAAAUCAUCCCCCCAUGAGGCAGUUCGCGUGCUCCGCGAUCGGCAUGUGUGAUGUGGUGCAGGCGGUGGUGCAUGACGUCGCCUGGUGUCCGACCUCCCCGAACCUGUUUGCCACCACCGGCGCCGGACAUAUCCUGACGGUGUGGGACACGUCAGACGUGUUUGAGCCGCUGUGCUCGAUACCGGUCAAGACUCAGCGCUGCUCGGGGACGAGCGUGCGCUGGGGACCUGGCGGGAUGAUGCGCAAUCGUUUACCUACCCCCAUUUCUUGCUGGUCUCUCUGUUUCCUGUUUUCUUCAGGUGCACUAAGGGAGGUCUUGUACCGCGACCACGCCACUCAGAGCUUCUCGGCCAAAGGACCCCGCGGUGGUGCGGAAAAUCUGCCGGCUGUUGUACAGGAAGGCAGGGGCAUACGUGACGUCGUCCCGCUGGAAGAUGCCACGUACGGCCUCGACGUCAUGAGGAAACCCGGCCAGCCAGACCAUGGACAGAGCAUUCACCUGGCCGCUUGGACGGCGCCCAGCGGACAGAUCCGCGUGUCGGCUGCCCGCUGCCGGGAAGUGGCGCCCUGGCAGCACCACCACCUCGCCGCAGCUUUCCCGGGGCAGUGCAGGGGUUCCAAGAAAUCGCAGCGCCUGCAGCUGCUGGAGCAUCGGGUCAUGCACCGUGUCGAGGGGGACCCGUGGUGUACGGCUAAGGUGGAUAGGUUCAACGAGGCGGCGGCACAAGCAAGAACAUCGUGGAUGCUGGGCGCCGUGGGUGCGGGAGCGCGGGCGGGGCCGCCGUCGAUGGGCGGGGGCACGGCUGCCGAUCCGUACCUUCGUGUGUUCACCGGGGCGGAGUCGGAGGGCCUCCUGGCGAUCAAGUGGCACGAGGCCAUGCCGCCGCUCUCCGGUCUUCUGCAUUGCACACGCCUCGUCAGGAUACCACCCCAGGAGAAAGCCCCCUCCUUCAAGGCCGUUUCAAGCCCCGGAGCCUGCGUCCUCGUUUCCGGGGGGCACGGCGGGCUGGUGCGGGUCUCGGUGGUACCCCCCCACCUGACCGUACAUGCCAGCAGGGGCAGGAGGGCCCCGAAGAGGAAGAAGGCAGUGAGCGGCAAGGGCAAGAAGAAGAAAAAGAACCCCGGCCUCGACGUUACGGCUGUGAAAGUCGAUCCCAAGUCGGGGAAGAUAGUGCCGGUUCCGAGCGCUGGGGAAGCAACGGCGGAAGAGAAAGGGGGCGGCAGUAGCGCAGCGGCGGAGGGGGGCGUGGAGGUGCCGGGAAACGGUGGUAGCGAUACGAAGGCGGCAACGGCCCCUGUCGGUGACGGUGGCCCGCCGCCCAACGUCGACGAUGUUGCCUCGAGGUUCGUCCCCGCUGCCGCUGCUUCCCUCGCCUCGGUGGGAGGCCCUAGUGCCCCUGCGUCGUCGCAGUGAUAUGGGUUGUUGUCGAUGCUCUGUCAGCAAAACACUUUGAGUUUGGUGACUCGCUGCUGGCAAUGCGAUGUGGUAAUGCUGUCGUCGAUGCUGUCAGCAAAACACUUGAUUGAGUUUGGUGAUGCUGCUGGCAAUGCUACUAGCGGCGCGGUAUCGAUCUGUGGUACGGCGAA